ACUGCCGGGAGGACUAGAGGAGGUAAAUUCAUCUCUUGCUCAAGUGGCUCACUGGUCCUGAGGUGGGAAUCUGUUGCUCCUGAGGAAGAAUGUACUGCAGGAGUGUGUGCUGUCACCGUUGGUCAUCUGAGGAGAGGCUGGAUGGGAAAACGGUCGUCAUCACAGGAGCCAACACCGGUAUUGGAAAAGAAACAGCUAGGGACCUGGCAAGAAGAGGCGCUCGCAUCAUCAUGGCGUGCAGAGACCUGGAAAGGGCAGAGGAGGCCCGGACGGACAUUUUGGAAGACACAGGAAAUGAGAAUUUGGUCAUCAGGAAACUGGAUCUCUCUGACACCAAGUCCAUCAAAGCAUUUGCUGAGCUCAUCAACAAAGAGGAGAAACAAGUGAAUAUCCUGAUAAACAAUGCAGGCAUCAUGAUGUGUCCCUACUCCAAGACUGCUGACGGGUUCGAAAUGCAGUUAGGCGUGAAUCACUUGGGUCACUUCCUGCUGACUUACCUGCUGCUGGACCUCAUCAAGCGUUCAGCUCCUGCCCGUAUUGUCGUCGUGGCAUCGGUGGCCCACACCUGGACCGGGAUUCGACUGGAUGACAUCAACAGUGAGAGGAGUUACGAUACCAUGAAGGCCUAUGGGCAGAGCAAGCUGGCUAACGUCCUCUUUGCACGCUCCCUUGCCAAACGGUUACAAGGUACAGGUGUAAGCGUGUUCUCCCUGCACCCGGGGGUGGUGCAGUCUGACCUGUGGCGGCACCAGCACCAGUGCAUCCAGGUGGCGGUGAAGAUCUUCCGGAUUUUCACCAAGACGACACUGGAGGGAGCACAGACCACCAUCUACUGUGCUGUGGAGCCAGGCCUGGACAGCCAGAGCGGAGGGUACUUCAGUGACUGCGCUCCUGCAAGGUGCUCGAGGACGGCGUCUGAUGACGACUUGGCCCAAAAGCUGUGGGAGAUCAGCUGCAACAUGCUCGGCAUCACCUGGCAGUGAGCAUGUGGCAACGUGACAGUGUAUGCUUUGUAUCAUCUUUUAAAAACAGCACUUUUACGCACUUUUAUAGAGGCAUCAAUGUUACUGUUACUGUUGUGAAACAGGUGUGUUUAAUGACUCAAAGUACAGUACGGUCUUAAAGUCACUAGAUCACCACUAAGAGCUCCUUUAUUUUGUAACAUAUAAAAAUGAUUCUGACAUUUCAGUCAAAAUUGGAUUUAUCAAACAAAAUUGUAUCAUGAAAUUGUCUUUUUAUUGUACUUUUCCUAGCACUAGUUUUAUCCUGAGUGCAGAUGCUUUUCUGUCUUGUUAGUUUGUAAAGGUCUUAGCCAGCCUGGGCUUGCUUUGGAUGAAAAGUCUCUCUUACCUGUACAUGCCCCUUAUAAACUCUCAGCUCCAGUGUGGCUGUGGGACAGUUUUCAGCACUGAUGAGAAGAGUUUGGCUCGAAACUGCCUCCAAUUGUACAUCAGUGCGCACGUACAGUAUUGUGAUUGAUAGUUAAAGCACUCAUGACUGUUAGUGUAAUAUGAAGUGGGUCCUGUUCUGCUUUUGUAGCACUUAAAGUAUUAGAAUGUACUUUUAUUAUUAAAAUACAAUGAGGCAUUGGUAUAAAAUGAUUCUGUUUUCAUUUAAGUGUUUUAUUCAGCAGUCUUGUAUCAUGCAAUCUGCCUUUUCAGACGCCUUCCUGUUAGCUGAGGGAGGAAAAAUGUAAACUUCCGUUAAUGUGACAAUCUGUACAUAAUGUGUAAAUAAACCUGUUAGACUGGAGAACGUGUUUCAAAGUUCUCCUUGUUUGUGACUUUUA